AUGUUCUUACGAUAUUCAGUUCAGGAUAUUGUGCUUCCUAUUCUCUUUCUUCCUCGUCUCAGUCCUCUAACUCCUCCCGUGUGUAAUUUCAGUCCGUCAAUGAACUCUGGCUCCGGACGUUCGCUGCCGUCACCCCCACCUUAUGCUGCACGGCACACAAUCAUUAAUGUGGGCUCAACCAAUCAGCCAGGGCCUAAACCCACUUCACCGCCGGCCGAUCCACUUGAGGGCAUUCGCACGCGCUCCAGUCUUAACAUCGUCUUCUCUCCCCCACCUAGUUUAGGUGCCGGGGUCGGUGCUGGAUCCAAACGGGUGCCCUCACCCACUUACACCCUACAGUCUCAUUUUGACAAACAGUCAAAAAGCACUGCAGUUAGCCCACCACUGAUUCGUUCCCCAGGCAGUCAUCAAGAGGUGUUGCAAAUUUAUCGACCAGAACCCCAGAAAACAAGUACUCAAAGCCCACUUCAACCCAUCGCCCCUCCGACCACGGACUUGAAUGCGGGUAAAUGUCUUUGA